UUUCAGGCUGUUGAGAUGACCCGCAGAAGCAGCUGAAGAAAUCUGCUGUCAUCGCUGCAGCUAGCAUAACGCAAUGGCAGUCGCCGUGUAUUCCUAAAUAUUUUUACAUAUAUUCAAUAAGCAGUUACGGUAAAGGUGUUGUGUCUUUUGUUUGAAUACAAAGAAAACAUUUGCCACUGGUGGUCAUCUCAAAGAGUCGACUCGGUGCUCCCACCCUCUUGUUCAUCAAGAAGAAGUGAUCGAGCAGGCAGAAUGGCCGAGCCGGAGCUGCUGCUAGACUCCAACAUCAGACUCUGGGUGGUUCUGCCCAUCGUCUUCAUCACCUUUCUUGUUGGAGUCAUUCGGCAUUAUGUGUCGAUUCUUCUUCAGAGUGACAAGAAGUUGACAUUAGAGCAGGUUUCUGACAGGCAAGUCCUUAUUCGGAGCAGAAUCCUGAGAGAAAAUGGAAAAUACAUUCCCAAACAGUCAUUUUUGAUGAGGAAGUUCUACUUCAAUAAUCAAGAGGAUGGAUUUUUUAAGAAGACCAAAAGAAAGGUGGUUCCACCUUCUCCAAUGACAGAUCCCAGCAUGCUGACAGACAUGAUGAAAGGUAACGUCACCAACGUGCUACCUAUGAUCCUCAUCGGCGGCUGGAUCAACUGGACCUUUUCAGGAUUUGUAACAACUAAGGUCCCUUUCCCUCUCACGCUGCGCUUUAAGCCCAUGCUGCAACAAGGGAUAGAGCUGCUCUCGCUGGAUGCUUCUUGGGUCAGCUCAGCCUCGUGGUAUUUCCUGAAUGUGUUUGGACUACGAAGCAUGUACUCAUUGAUUUUAGGCCAAGAUAAUGGCGCUGACCAGUCAAGGAUCAUGCAGGAGCAGAUGAGUGGCGCUGCCAUGGCUAUGCCCGCAGAUACUAACAAAGCAUUCAAAGCUGAGUGGGAGGCACUGGAACUCACUGACCACCAGUGGGCGCUGGAGAGCGUGGAGGACGAUCUUAUGGGCAGAGAGCUGGAUUUCGACGGCAUGUUCAGCAAGGAGCUGCCCAGCGGCAUCUUCUGAUUGCCUAAUCGCCCUUUAGGAGAUUUUCAUUUUAAUAGUCUGUUCAUUGCAAGCAGUUAGCUUUUAUUGAAAAACACAACAGAGACAAGAGUUUACAAGUCUCCACUUGUUGUCCUCUCAUGUGCAUCUAACUUUUUAUUCCUGUCCUUAAAACGCCUUGUAUUGCUCUCUGGCUUUUCUGCUUUCUCACACACUAAAUACCUUUGCUUUUGGAAAAGAGCGUAUUUAAAAACUACCUUUUGCUCUUUGAAAUGAAUUGAUAUUGUCCUACAACUGUAUACCAUCAUAGUGCUUUUAGCUAAUAGAAUGAGAUCUUUGUAGUGCUUCUUUACUGAGUUAAAAGAGUUUUCCUCUCCACUGGACUAACUUUUCUCAUGUGGCAAAUAAGACACCGAGCCAUUGUACAGGUGUAAAUGAUGUAUGCAUUUAUUUUACACCAACACUAUUUAUUUACUCCAUCUUUAAUUUAACAUGGAUGAGUAAUUCUGUGUCUGCCUCUGGAAGGUGCAGGCAGACCUGGGACCAGCUAAAGUUACGUUUGUGUGUUUGAAAAGUUGUUUUUGCAGAAAUGUAGACUGUUUCUUUUGUAGCCCAAUCAUCAUGUUUUGUACAGUCUAAAAAUAAGUUUUGAUUAAAAUGGAUUUACCCACUGUAGUGCACUUGAACAUAUUUGUAAAUAAAUAAUUUGAUGCAUUUUA